UGGGCGAGUGAGAGAGGGACUGCUGGUGUAGUGGAGUCAAAGUGCUGCCCGAGGACACUCUUUUUGUGAGCAGUGGUAUUUUGUGAUCCGUAUAACAGAAGACUUGUGGUCUUCAUCACUACAACUGAACAUAUCCAGACGGUUCAACUUCUCAUAGAAUGGAAUCAAGCGAGUACCGUAGAAACCAGUCAGAAAAUAAUUUUACAACUUUACAGAAGAUUUGGUAUUCAAGUGAUAAAGAAAAUAAAAAGCGUCGACAAGUAGAGGAGAAAAUACUAGACUACAGGAUACCAGAAGCCCAUGAUCUUUCUAAACCUACUUCUACACCUAGAAUGGAACCAAUCAAGUCCCGUAGAAGAACGAAGCAAGAAAAUUUCUUGGGGUAUCGUAGUACCGCAAGAAAUAAUAAUUUUUUACCUUUUCACAAGAUUUGGUAUUCAAGUGAAGAAAGGGAUAAAGAAGAAAAACAUCGACAAGUAAAGGAAGAAUGGCUUGACUGUCAGAUGCCAGAAGCCAUAGAAGUGAAUUCCUCUAAGCGCAGAUGCCUUUGGCCUUCCGCCAAGGAAUCGUACAUGCCUUAUACCUCAGGAGUCCAGAAUACCCAAGUGAAGUGGUAUUCAAGUGAAGAAAGGGAUAAAGAAGGAAAACAUCGACAAGUAAAGGAAGAAUGGCUCUACUGUCAGAUGCCAGAAGCCAUAGAAGUGAAUCCCUCUAAGCGCAGAUGCCUCUGGCCUUCCGCCAAGGAAACGUACAUGCCUUAUACCUCAAGAGUGCAGAAUACCCAGUCGAGCAUUACUAAGGCCGACCCAUUUUCGCUCCACUAUGGUGAUAUUCCUCAACCUUGUAAAGAAAACGUCAGUAUACCUCAAGAAUACUCCACUGUCAUAAAGUAUGGAGCUUCCUUGUUAAGCAACUCCAGUGAAUCUUACAGACCAAGUCAUCGAUAUUCAAUAUAUGACGAGAAUGGAUACAACGUAAGAGGUUACUACACUGCAGGAUUCUACCCUCAGCAAUGACAACUGACUCAUGCUCUUUUAAUUAUAAACUGAUGCAUUUUCUAGUUUUAAACCGACUCAAAAUGUUUUUAAUAUAAACUGACGAAUGCUUCUUUUAAUUAUAAACUGAUGCAUUUUUAAAUAAACUGAAGCCUAAUUUUUAAUUAUAAACUGACGCGUGUUUUGUAACUAUAAACUAUCUUUUUAUAAAAUGACUCUUAGCAUGUCUAUUCUUCAAUUAAAUAUUCGUGGUUUCUUUGUAAGUUUUCCU